UCUGGAUUGGCUACUGUGGGUUUGUGUUGCAUGAACGCAGCCCAUCACAGCAUCUAGAGAUCUACCACGUGACUUUUGCACGGUGCAUUUUAAUGAAUGAGCCGAUAAAAGUUUAACUAAUGUCACUUGACUGUCAGGGUUGAGUGUUUUUGAAGUGUUGUGUCCAAGGAGUGUCGGCAGAGAGCAGCAAGGGCUCCCUCUGUGUCUGCUUCAUGUGAUGCUGAUCUGUCACAGUGGUUGACCAGGACUGGCAAACUGGGGCACAUCUUGGGAUUGGUGACAUGUCUCUGUACCGAAAUGCCAUCUGGUUUUGGAAUGGGAUCCACCAAUAUACAAGGAAGGGAUAUGAGGCAGCAUGUAAAGACUUUGAGCCCAAAGACCUGGACGUGUCCGUUGUGGGACGGUCUUUUAUGAUCACUGGAGCCAACAGUGGGAUCGGCAGGGCCACAGCCAUGGCUAUAGCCAAGAAAGGUGGGACCGUCCACAUGGUGUGUAGGAACAGGGACAAAGCAGAAGAGGCCAGGUCGGACAUUGUCAAUAAGUCUGGGAACACGGAGGUGUACAUCCAUGUUGUGGACAUGUCGGAGACACGCAAAGUCUGGGAGUUUGCAGAGGCCUUCAGGAAGCAGCAUUCAUCCUUGAAUGUGCUGAUAAAUAACGCAGGGUGUAUGGUGCACAAGAGAGAGCUGAAUGCUGAGGGCCUGGAGAGGAACUUUGCUACCAACACUAUGGGGGUGUACAUCCUUACCCAGAGUCUGAUACCACUUAUACAGAAGAGCCGGGAUCCAAGGGUGAUCACUGUGUCCUCGGGCGGCAUGCUGGUCCAGAAACUCCUAGUCGAUGACUUGCAGUCAGAGAAGGGCAGCUUUGAUGGUGUCAUGGUCUACGCCCAGAACAAGAGGCAGCAGGUGGUGCUGACACAACAGUGGGCCAAAGCCAACCCAGUCAUUCACUUCUCUGUGAUGCAUCCAGGCUGGGUCGAUACACCAGCUGUCUCCACAUCAAUGCCUCAGUUCCACCACAUGAUGGGUGACAGGCUGCGCGGCGUAGAGCAAGGAGCCGACACUGUCGUGUGGUUGGCCUUGUCUAGAGCUGCUGCCAGAACACGCAGCGGGCAGUUCUUUCAAGAUCGUAAACCUGUUCCUGUCCACAUGCCUCUGGCCUGGACUCACAGCUCUGCUGAAGAGAUCCAGAGUUUCAUGACUCAGCUGGAAACUUUGGCCAGAGCCGUUCAGUCACAGCCUGACGUAGAGCUUAACGGUCCCUCCAGACCUCAGUUUGUCUGAAAGCUGAUUCAAAUGUUAAACCAUAUGUAACCCAUUAAAGCAUUAGUUACAAUAACAUCAGCUCCUGGAAAACAAACCACAGUUAUCAUGCUUAGUCUUGUUUGUCUAAUUUCUACACAGCCAUAUUUUCAGGAUGGCUCAUAGUUCAGUGAUGACAUUUGUGAUGUCAUCAUGUGGUAACUGUCUGCAUGGAAUAUGUCAGGCUCUAUUGACUUAAAGACAAAUGUCAUUGAUUUAGACUGAAUAUCUCAUUAGCAGUUACUGAACACGAAACAUGCCUGUCUAUUAUCUAGAUCAGUGGCUCCAAAACUUAUUCCUUCAGGGAGGCCUUUUCUAUCACUGAGUAAACUGACCUCUCACUAUCUUAAAGAUAUUUCACAUUAUAUUCACUGUAACAAUAACAGCACAGAACAACUGAUAAACUGUACAAUUAGCUUAAAUAGUGAACGCAAUACCUACAGGAAGAGUUUUCAUGUUUUGUUUUGGGAACUUUUUGCACAAUUCUUUUUCUGUAAUAUGUAUUUUAAUUUUUUUUAACGAUACAUACUUAAAAGGCUUUAUUUAUGGAGAAAUUCAGGGGUUUCUUCCAAAAUGUGGGACGAGGAUGUGUGAAUAUAGCUUGCAUUCGGGUCUUCAGUGCACCCUUUUCCUGUGAGAUCUUUUUGAGUUUGUAGCUUGAAUAAUAAUCUAAACUUUAAAAAAUGUCAAUUUCUUUCAGUUUUCUUCAAAGAAAUGAAUGACGUGCUAAGAUACGGGCCUAUUGUGUAGUUUAAAACGGUGGUUCCCAACCGGUGGGUCACCGGUUCAUUCUGAAUGGAUCUGCAAGUGACUCUGAAGCAUGUCAAGUUUGUGAAAAACACUUUAUUUUCAAGUACAGUGCAUUUCUGGCACAGAGCGUUUAUUCUGAAGUGCUGUUUCCUGCUGUAGAGUGAGUGACUAACAGCAAACUAGCUCAACGACAUGGCCAAAUUCAAGUGUGGACUUGAACUAAUGACUAAGAGGAAAUCUGGACCCUGGGGCUGGACCAGUUGGGAACCACUGGUUUUAAACAAGUUUUCUAGUAACCCUUAAAAUCAGGAAGGCCUCAAAACACCCCGUGAAGCUUUGGUGACCCCUAGUGGAGGCUGGGAUCCCAGGUUUCAAGCCAGUGAUAUGGAUCAGUGGUUCUCAACCAUUCUCAAAAAGUGAUACACAUUAGGUCACAGAACCCUGUGUGACCUCCAUCUGAAAAGAUUUUGGUCGUCAGAUAUGAUUAAAACCUGAAUUCUGUAGUUUUCAAAGAUAGUUGAGGAGAUAAGCGUGCACAAAGUGAGUCCUGUGAUCAGACUUGUCACUGAUGUCUCUUACUUAUACCAGUCUCACUUUUAUAGUGUAUUAAAUAGUGAAAAUAAACUGUUAACUAUUUUUCUGGGGACACUCAGAACUCCCCAAGAGGACCCCUGAUU